CAGAUAUUGCCACAAUUGACCAUAUAAGUGAUCAGUUCGCAAUGGGGAUAAAUGUUACCUUGAGCUGUGUUGCUGAUUCUAACCCACCAGCACAAUUCACUUGGUUACAUAAUGGACAAUCUGUCAGCAACUCAGCCUCAUUUUCUAUUAUUACAUCCCUGAAUCAUAUCGGAAACUAUACCUGUAUUGCAACUAACUCAUUUACUGGCUUGACGCGCACUGCAAACAAGACUCUUAUGAUCUAUGCGCCAGUGUCCAAACCGACCAUUGUCAACUCCAACAUUACUGCAGUGGAGACCAAGGACUUCUCAUUGACAUGCCAGGCUACAGGCCAAAUUCACGCUUACCAGUGGUUCAUAAACGGAGUUGCCCCAGCUGGUAGCAGGAUACAGCUGUCGCCAGAUAAGAGGACACUCACUCUCAGCAGGCUCACAAGAAGAGAUAACAAAGGGCCAUAUGAGUGUGAAAUCCGGAAUCCAUUUUCUAGCAAUAGGAGUGAUCCAUUCACACUGGAUGUUGCCUAUGGCCCAGAUAUUGCCACAAUUGACCAUAUAAGUGAUCAGUUCGCAACUGGGAUAAAUGUUACCUUGAGCUGUGUUGCUGAUUCUAACCCACCAGCACAAUUCACUUGGUUACAUAAUGGACAAUCUGUCAGCAACUCAGCCUCAUUUUCUAUUAUUACAUCCCUGAAUCAUAUCGGAAACUAUACCUGUAUUGCAACUAACUCAUUUACUGGCUUGACGCGCACUGCAAACAAGACUCUUAUGAUCUAUGCGCCACUGUCCAAACCUACCAUUCUCACCUCCAACAAUACUGCAGUGGAGACCAAAGACUUCUCAUUGACCUGCAAUGCUACAGGUCAAAUUCACGCUUACAAGUGGUUCAUAAACGGAGUUGCCCCAGCUGGUCGCAGGAUACAGCUGUCGCCAGAUAGGAGGACACUGACUCUCCGCAGUCUCACAAGAAGAGAUAACAAAGGGCCCUAUGUGUGUGAAAUCGAGAACCCAUUUUAUCGCAAUAGGAGUGAUCCAUUCACACUGGAUGUUGCCUGUGAGUAAAUUUGUUCAUCCUAU